AUGUACGCCAUGUCCUCCCGGUAUCGUCGAAUGAUCCUCGAGGCGAAUGAAACGCCCAUAUUUUAUAACAUGACCGCAGCGGGUGCUUCUUGGACGGUUCUGGCUGGCUUCUGCAUCUUCCCAGGCACAUUCACCUCGUUACAGCAAGCGGAAUGGCUCCACGAGUCGGAUGACGGCCGCAGGGUGCAGAGUGCAGUUCAGAAUAUACCCCUGAUACCACUUGCCAGCUGCUGCUAUCUGGUGGGAGUCGGUAGUCUGGGUUAUCUCUGGUCGAGAUUCCGGCUGAACUAUGUAUGGCUCCUUGCUCAUAUCUUCUUCCCAGGCAUCCUCAACGGUCUCAGCGGCCUGCUCACUAUGCUGCUUAACAUCUAUAGCGCGCAACAAGGCCACUGGUCACCACCAGCGUGGGCGACACUAUGCCUCGUUACAAUUACUCUGACAUUCACACUGGUUGUGUCUUGUUUGUACAAAUACUGGCUUGCCCAGCUGAGGGACACACAGCCGUGA